AUGCCGCCAGAUCAAGCUUCGGAUUUGGCCAUGCCCCUCUUGCAAUGGCACGGCUUCAGACCGGCCGGACAUUCGGCUCUUGGAGGCUCGAUGCGCCUAGUACCGGCUUCCACGCUUACGCAAGCAUCAUCGCACCGCUCUGAGGAGAGUGCUCCUGCACAGCUCAAACCUUUCCGCCUGAUGGACUUGCCACCUGAACUCCGCGACAUUAUUUACGAUUUCGCUGUCACUCGCAACUAUCCAAUCUGUCCGCAUCGACUACUUCGGAGACAAGAACGCGAGGGAUGGAGUGUCUAUCAGUUCUACGACAUCCAACUCCCGUACCCCGGCAGACAACCGGCACAUCCGAUCACUCGCUCCACGCUUAACUUAGCCGCCACCUCUCGUCAGGUCCAAUCUGAAAUCGGUAAUCGGUUCUAUGAGAAGAACACUUUCGAUUUCAGCCAUAACAUGAAAGAUCUUGUUCCCUUCAUCGACUACCUCGAGGCGCACGGCAAGGCGCAGUUGGUACAGAGGAUCGUCUUCUCACUCCCAACGGCAGAUCCUAAGGAGUCGUACGCACAUUGGCCGGAAGCAGACGAGUACCCGCUGGAGGUCUGGCGUACAAGGCCGGGCUUCGAGUUCUCGGGCGCGCUGUUCAAGCUUUCGAUGCUUGAAUCGAACAUUGUCUUGAGACCAGGUCACCGGGUGAGUCAUGCUUCUCUCAUCACUCUUCAAGUAUCAGGUAUAGACCUGAGCGUGCCUAACCAACGCCACCUGGAGUGGUUGACCCAUUGGCUUUGGCCGGAUGGGCUGGUCGUCAAGCUCCUGAGCGAUGCCUCAGGGAGGAAGGUGCGUACUCAAGAGCUGCCGUACUUGAAGGUGGAAUGGAACCGAAAUCUCCAGAUGAACCCUGCGGCAAAGAAGGAGACAGAGAACAAGACAGAGACGGGCCGGGACCGGGAUGCAGAGAUGACAGAGACAAACCGAGACCUCGAUGCGAACUUCACAGAGACCUACCAGGACCGGGAUGCGGAAAUGACAGAGACUGGCCCCGACUUCGGCGGCUACUCGCCGAACAAUCUGAUAUACGGUAACUGGGUUACUAUGACGUGGCCGUUGCAGGAGGCAGAGGCGGCGACGGAGGGUUUCGAGCACAGGACGAUGGGUGACGGAGAUCGGGAAGCAUUCUGGCAGCAUCCGCUCUUAGAUGCAGUCAUUCUUCCGACGGCUGACGGCCAAAGCAGUGUCGCCUUCGUGAGAGCACCUAUAGGACUUCAGGAUAUCGAAGCCGAUAUCAAGCGGCAGGUUUGCGAGCCGUAUGGCCAUCUAGAGCCUUGGGAAUGUGCGUGCGGCUUCAUGAUGGGGGAGGAGGAGCCGAUCCCAGCGGAGAUGCCGUGGGAGCUGCUGCAGAGGCGCGUCCUGACGCAAGAGGCAGCUGGCUUGUUGAUGGACAGGUUUCGCAGUUUCUAUGUUUGA